AUGAAAGAAACACAUUUCAUUUUCAAUAUUAUUUUGACUGGCUUGAGGUUCCCAGAAACACUUAAUAAAAAUCAGGUAACGAGGCUUGCUAUAACACACUAUUUUUUCCGUUAUUCUUUUCAGGUUUGGUUCCAGAACCGACGAGCCAAAUGGAGGAAGCGAGAGAAAGCUUUGGGACGCGAGAGCCCCACCUUUAUUGGAGGUGAGCCGAGCCCAACUCUCAGCGACAUGGUCAGUAUGGGCAGACCCUUCGGCCUUCAGCCUCACUUGGACUCUUUCUGGGGGAGCCGGUUCCCUAACCUGACGGGCGUGCACCCCAUGAUGGCGCUCACACACCCCGGCCUCACCGCCGCCCAAGCUGCCGUGGCGUACAACACAGGACGCUCGCCGUUCGGAGGUCUCAUCCCAGGCUACGUUCUCGCAACGUCCAACGGGCUGAGCAACGGGCUGCCGAGCCCGGGAACAAUGGCGGCUGUUAUGCCCCCUUUCGGUAACCUACCUCCGGGUAUGUCCCCGAGACUUCCUACGUCACACCCACCUCCACAUCACAUGUUUGACUCCGCGGAGCUCCACAGUGGCGCCAGUCACAGGUCCAGCAACUCACCCCCAAGCGUCAGUUCCUCCAGCGUAGAGUCGCUCAGAAUGAAGGCCAAAGAACACUCCGCCGAGACCGCUGCGGCAGCGGUAAAUCUGGCGUCUCUCAAAUUCCAAGAGCAUAAUGGUGUGGCUGUCAGCAUUGCGACAUAGACCAAUUAUUGCAUUCUUUCCUUUAACCCUUAUGAGCUUAAAGUAACAUACUGUGUUCUGGUACAUUAGCUUUGGUUAUGCUUGUUGCACGUUCUAUAUUUCUUUCUGUUUUAAAGCUGGGACAGUGACAAGUUUGGCCUGUCUCAAGUUUUAACAAUACGAUGCCAGUCAGUUAGGUAUCAUAGAUAAACCUUGAGGCCAUAUUCAUAAUCUAUUGCGUUCAAUAUUUUGGUUAAGCUCCAAGAUGUACAGCAAACUGUCGGUAUUUUGACACUAAUAAUCUUUUGACAAAAAAAGCCCUCCUGCUUUUUUUACAUUAAGAAGACAGGUAUCCCUCUCUUUUAAAAUGAGGACUAGAUUAGAGUCCUUCAAGAUUAUAAAAAUUGUUGACAUUGUCAAUAGACAAAAGAGUUUGUGGAUUGUGGAUAUGGCUCCAGUGUUUCGUGCUUAGAAACAUUGACAUCACAUUAUGCUAUGCUGCGCUGACGCUCAUGCUAUGUCUGUUUGUACUGUGCUGGUUAUGGAACUCCUAACCUUUAACAAUAACGGCUCAUCUAUAGUUUUACCAAGUCUCAAAUACAGCGGGGCAUUGUAGGCAUGGCGAGAUAUACUAUUGACACUGAGGUACAACUGAAACUGUCCACGACGGUAACAAAUUGUCGUGGAGCAACAUGGCUAUCUUACUUAGUUGGACUUCUUGGACUGUGUCACUAUGAUAUAAAAACAUAAGGUAACCAUGUGUGUUUCAUUCUAGUCUCAUUUUUUAAGUUUCUUUUAUCGUCCCGAAGGCCACCUUCCCCUGACCAAUCAAUAAGACAGCGCAGUGGACGUUUAGUUUUAGCAAGUGUUUUACGGCACUUGAAACAGAAAAAGGUCAUAUAUAAGUGCCGAGGAUUAGAGGUGUUACAAGAGAGUAACAAACACAAAAAAGGAGGUGGAAAGAUAAGGACGAUAGAUGUCUGAGAGGGAAGAAGAAGCAGACCACCCAUAGACAGUAGACGACUGGGCGACAACAUUAUUAAUUUGGUUCAGAACAUAGGUAGUCUGCAGAGUUAAUUUUAAAAGCAAUACUACUCUCGAGCUUUCAAUGGUGAUAACUAAUCCCGAUUCACUGGCUCUGAAAGCAAUAAUACUUUGUCUUUGUUUCAAAGGAAGGGUCAAACUCGAUCUAGAGUCUCAGUAACACCAGCCAUUACAUUUUCUCUUUAGGUGUAAUGGAGUUUAAGGUUUCGAAGAAACCAAAAUAAGAAAGAGGGUCAUACGCUUGAAUAAGCAGAAAUACAUUCCCAAACGUAAGGGUAGGCAGUGUUCGAUAUAGGUAUUUUUUUCUAUUUCGUCUUUCUGUUUAUAAAGAUUUUAAGGCUAAGACAAAAAGAAUGAUAUGAAUAUAUAAUAUCAUGAACGUGUUGGAGACAGGUUGUUGACCUCAGAUGUGAGCGAGGUGACCACCGUCGAUUGACCUUGCCAGAGGGAGUCGCUUUGCUCUGUUUUGACAAAAUAUAAGCAUAUCCGAAUGAAGUGCAAUGAUUAGUCAUCAACUUUGCUCAAGGAGCAUAAUUGUGCUUCUAAUGUUCCGUUCUUCCUUUUAAUAUCCUCCAAAGAAGUUUUAAAAAAUA